CCGGUGGCCGGGCCCGUCGCCUCAGCGCGGCCGCCGGGACCAUGUUCCGCCGCAAGCUGACGGCCCUCGACUACCACAACCCCGCCGGCUUCAACUGGAAAGAUGAAACAGAAUUUAGAAACUUUAUUGUUUGGCUUGAAGACCAGAAAAUCCGACACUACAAGAUCGAAGACCGAGGAAACCUAAGAAACAUCCACAACAGCGAAUGGCUCAAGUUCUUCGAAAAGUACCUCAAAGAUGUCAGCUGCCCUUUCAAAACACAAGAACGGCAAGAAACGAUCGACUGGCUGCUGGGCUUAGCUGUGCGGCUUGAAUAUGGAGACAACGCUGACAAGUACAAGGAUUCGAGCCCGGAGAGCGCCAAGAAUGGCGACAACGCUGCCAAGAACGCAGAGCCUCUGAUCAACCUGGAUGUCAACAACCCUGACUUUAAGGCCGGCGUGAUGGCUUUGGCCAACCUGCUCCAGAUCCAGCGCCACGACGAUUACCUGGUCAUGCUCAAGGCAAUUCGCAUCUUGGUGCAGGAGCGCUUGACACAGGAGGCAGUUUCCAAGGCAAAUCAGACCAAGGAGGGCUUGCCUGUCGCUUUAGAUAAGCACAUUUUGGGUUUUGACACAGGAGAUGCUGUGCUCAACGAGGCGGCCCAGAUCCUGCGCCUCCUGCACAUCGAGGAGCUCAGGGAGCUGCAGACGAAAAUCAACGAGGCCAUCGUGGCUGUGCAGGCCAUCAUCGCCGACCCCAAGACGGACCACAGGCUGGGAAAGGUCGGCAGAUGAGGUGCCGAGGCCGGUGGGGAGCGAAUCCCCUUUUGGGGUCCGACGGGGGAGGGCCGACUUACCGUUGUUGUCUUUUCUUCUUUCUGCGAAUAAAGCUGGGAGAAGUGGACACGGCCUGCUCA